UGUUUUUCGUUCCUGCUACAAUUGCAAAUAUACCUGAACCAACUGACCCAUGUGUGACGGUGAAGAAUUCCUUUUUUACACUUGUGAAACUUGCCUCAGAACUUUUUAAAAACCAGCAAGGUAAUUACAAUCGAAAUGAAACUGUGACAAUUGGAGAAAUUCCAGGAAUGAUAAAUUACAAAGAAUUGGCUACAAAAGAAGAUAUCAGAGAAAUGAAAGAAGAAUUGAUGUUGAUACGUGAUUUAGUAUGGAGGUGUGGAGGAGACACGUGUAGUGUAUUUCAUCCAAGAGACUGUCAGGACCUGUUGCAAAAAGGUUACAGAGAAAGUAAGGUGUACACAAUUUUCCCAAAGAAAGGAUCUAGAUUCCAGGUUUUCUGUGAUCAGCAGACAGACGGUGGUGGAUGGACGGUUAUACAAAGAAGACAGGAUGGAUCUGAAAAUUUCUUCAGGACCUGGGAUGAUUACAAAACUGGAUUCGGAAAUCUGUCAAAUGAGUUUUGGCUAGGAAAUGAAAAAAUCCACACAAUCACAGAAUCCGGGAAUUACACGUUACGAAUCGACUUGAAGGAUUUUUCUGGAAACACUCGAUAUGCAACCUGGAGGUAUGUACCCACCUACAGGAAAUUCAGUGUUGGAAAUGAGGAGUCGGGAUUUAUUUUGAACGUCUCACUUUAUAGAGGAGACGCUGGCAACUCAAUGUUUAUCCAUAAUGGUAUGAAAUUUGUCACAAAGGAUCGUGAUAAUGAGAAGAAAUGUGCAAAACAAACCAAAGGGGGCUGGUGGUACAAAGCUUGUCUCACAGCGAAUCUCAAUGGCCUAUAUUUGAAAGGAGAGCAUGAAUCCCUUGCUGACGGUGUGAACUGGGGUCACUGGAAAGGAUAUAGAUAUUCCCUGAUGUAUGCUGACAUGAAAAUCAGGAGAACAAGUGUCUAA